AUGUUGUCGUUCGUUAGCCGUGGAGCUCUUUCGCUCGCGGUCGUUUCGCUCCUCACCUCCGCUGCUGCGGGGGAGGUUUUUGAAAAGCUGCGCGCUGUUCCUGAGGGUUGGAAAUUCUCUCACCACCCCUCGGGCAAUGAGCAGAUUCGUCUCCAGAUCGCCCUUCAGCAGGGUGAUGUCGCGGGCUUCGAAAAGGCCGUCUUGGACAUGUCGACUCCCGACCACCCCGAUUAUGGAAAACACUUCCCCACCCAUGACGAGAUGAAGCGCAUGUUGCUGCCUUCCGACUCGGCCGUCAACUCUGUUCGCAAGUGGCUCGAAUCAGCCGGUGUCACUGAUAUCAACGAGGACGCGGACUGGAUCAAGUUCCGCACGACUGUCAACACCGCCAACACCCUGCUGGAUGCCGACUUCCAAUGGUAUGAAAGCGACGAGAAGGAUCUCCAGCGUCUGCGCACCCUCGCGUACUCUCUCCCUGAGUCGGUCGCUGCCCAUGUCAACAUGAUCCAGCCUACUACUCGGUUCGGGCAGAUUCACGCAAACCGCGCGACUCUUCGCAUGAAGCCCAAGCAGAUCGAUGAGGGGAGCCUUGCGGCCGCCACUGCUGCCUCUAACACCUCGCACUGCGACUCGGUCAUCACCCCGGCCUGUCUCAAGAGUCUUUACAAAAUUGGUGACUACCAGGCUGACCCCAAGAGUGGCAGCAAGGUCGGUUUCGCCAGCUACCUGGAGGAGUACGCCCGCUACCAGGACUUUGAAUUGUUCCAGAAGAACCUGGCCCCGUAUGCCAAGGGUCAGAACUUCUCUGUCGUCCAAUUCAACGGAGGUUUGAAUGACCAGAACGCGGCGGGCGACAGCGGUGAAGCCAACCUGGAUGCGCAGUACAUCCUCGGUGUUAGCUCUCCGGUGCCCAUCACAGAAUUCAGCACUGCUGGCCGUGGCCCUCUUAUCCCUGAUGUUGAUCAGCCCGACCCGUCCUCUGGCAGCAACGAGCCGUAUCUGGAAUUCUUGCAGGGUGUUCUCAAGCUGGACCAGGACGAGCUUCCUCAGGUUAUCUCCACCUCUUAUGGUGAGGAUGAGCAGACCAUCCCUGAAAAGUAUGCUCGCACUGUUUGCAACUUGUACGCCCAACUAGGCAGCCGUGGUGUCUCUGUGAUCUUCUCGUCUGGUGAUUCCGGCGUCGGAUCGGCCUGUGUUACCAAUGAUGGCAAGAACCGCACUCACUUCCCACCUCAAUUCCCUGCCUCCUGCCCAUGGGUCACCUCCGUCGGUGCGACUUACAAGACUUCCCCUGAGCGCGCCGCUUACUUCUCCUCGGGCGGCUUCUCCGACCUGUGGCCUCGUCCUGACUGGCAGCACGACGCUGUCGCCAGCUACCUCACCAGCAUCGGCGACAAGUUCGAGGGUCUAUACAACGGCUCCGGCCGUGCCUUCCCUGACGUCUCCGCACAGGGAGAGAGCUAUGCCAUCUACGACAAGGGCGCUCUCGGCGAGGUCGACGGCACCUCUGCCUCUGCACCCACCUUUGCUGGUGUCAUUGCCCUCCUGAACGAUGCCCGCCUCCGCGACAACAAGAAGACCCUGGGUUUCCUGAACCCCUGGCUGUACGGCGAAGGUAGCCAAGGUCUCAACGAUAUCACCGUGGGCGGUAGCACCGGGUGCGAUGGACGCGCCCGAUUCGGAGGCAAGCCCAACGGCAGCCCUGUUGUGCCGUUUGCUAGCUGGAAUGCGUCGCACGGCUGGGAUCCUGUGACUGGGCUGGGCACGCCUAACUUUGAGGCUUUGUUGAAGCUGGCAAAGGCUAAAUAG